GGUUACCUUUGCACUGCAUUACCAAUAUAUAGUAGUACCUCACUUGACUAUUUUAUUGCUCUCAAAAUGAUGCUCAGCACGAAGGCCCUCGCGGCUCGGCCCAGUCGCCGCGCUCUGUCCGUGCGCGCUAGCUCGGUGCAGGGCAAGAACGUGUUCAUCACCGGUGGUAACACGGGCAUCGGUUAUGAGACGGCCCUGACGCUGGCUCGGGAGGGCGCAAAGGUCACCAUCGCUGCUCGGGACGCCAACAAGGCUGCGAAUGCCCUGGCCCAGAUUCGCGCCGCUGUGCCCUCCGCCGCCGUGGACUCGCUGCCGCUGGACCUGUCUGACCUGGUGUCGGUGUCCGACUGCGCAAAGCGGGUGGCGGACAGCGGCGUGGCGUACGACGUGUGGAUCAACAACGCGGGCGUGAUGGCCACCCCCAAGAUGUCCACCGCCCAGGGCUUCGAGUACCAGCUGGGCGUCAACCACCUGGGCCACUUCGCGCUCACCACCGCCGUGCUGCCGGCGCUGCAGGCUGCCAACAAGCCUGUCCGCGUCAUCAACGUGGCCUCCGCCGCGCACAUGUUCGGCAAGAUUGACUUUGACGACCUCAUGCGCGACCGCAACUACGACGCCUGGGAGGCGUACGGCCAGUCCAAGCUGGCCAACGUCAUGUUCACGUACGAGAUGGCUCGCCGCGUGGGCCCCACCAGCCCCAUCACCGUCAACGCACUGCACCCGGGUGUGGUCAAGACGGAGCUGGGCAGGUACAUGAUCGAGGACGACAAGAACAAGUCCAACCCCAUCUUCCCCGUCGCCAUGGAGCUCAUGAAGCUGUUCAUGCUGGAGCCCAUCGAGGGCGCCGCCACCUCUCUCUACCUGGCCUCCAGUCCCGAGGCCGAGGGCAUCACCGGCAAGUACUGGGUCAAGUCCAAGCGCGCCGUGUCCUCCAACGACUCCUACAACCGCCAGGUGGCGCAGCGCCUGUGGGAGGUGUCCGAGGAGCUGGUGGAGACAGCGCUGGCCAAGGCCCGGUCCGCCCCCGCUGCGGCGGCACCGGCGCUCGAGCCCGCCACCGUUUCGGCGUAAAGAGUGCCACGGAGGCGGCAGCAGCAGCAGCAACGGCUGCUUAUGGUGAUUCAUUUUUUGGUCUGGCGUUGGAAUGGCGAGAGGAUGAGAGGGAGUGACAUGUAUUGAUUUAAACCCAGGGACAGUGAGUGCGGGCGGGCCUGAGAGACGUGAGGGAGCGGCAGUGAGGGAGAGGCCUGAGGGAAGUGAGGGAGCGGCAGUGAGGGAGAGGCGUGGAAAGCAAUACGCUUCGGAGUGAGGGCUAAGAGAAUGCGUUUGGCAAGGGCGUUGGCUCUGAACCAUGAUUAAUUGUGAGAGCUUGGGGUGCUGGAGGGAAGGGCGGGUUGUUUGUGCUGCAUCCCCUCUUUCCCAUCUGUCGCAGUUUUGCUAAGCAUGGCGUUAUGUGGAUGAUUUUGAUGAUACGGUUUGUCAGGGCGGAUGAGAACGGUGGAUCAAGUGAGCGGUGAGGCCGGACUAGAGCUGAAAGGCGGAUGGUCAAGUGGAGCACGAUGGAGGAAGGUCACUCAGAGAGGGGUUUUUCGGUGUAAUCGGCUCCAAAUUGUGAAUGCCCGAAGCAGCCUCUGCAGCCUGGAAGUGCAGGACUGCAGCACAAGCACUGGAGGCGGCAUCAUGGUGAUCGUGCGAUGCUUAGAUUGCCGCGACUGCCGGAAGGGGGGCACACGACUUCCGCGGGAGCCUCGCUGGAUGUCCAAGAUGGCAGGACAGGGCAGACUGCUGUCUGAGCCAGGCAAGCUGCUGUGUCCACCGGCGCCUGCACUUACACAGUGCGCCCCCUAGAUUCUAACACAAAUUC